AUGCCCUCAUGCCCUCAUGCCCUCAUGCCCUCCUGCCCUCAUGCCCUCAUGCCCUCACGCCCUCAUGCCCUCAUGCCCUCAUGUCCUCAUGCCCUCAUGCCCUCAUGCCCUCAUGCCCUCAUGUACCAAUGCCCUCAUGCACUCAUGCCCUCAUGCCCUCAUGCACUCAUGCCCUCACGCCAUCAUGCCCUCAUGCCCUCAUGCCCUCAUGCCCUCACUCCCUCAAGCCCUAAUGCCCUCAUGCCCUCAUGCCCUCAUGCCCUCAUGCCCUCAUGCCCUCAUGCCCUCACGCCCUCAUGCCCUCAUGCCCUCAUGCCCUCAUGCCCUCAUGCCCUCAUCCCCUCAUGCCCUCAUGCCCUCAUGCCCUCAUGCCCUCAUGCCCUCAUGCCCUCACGCCCUCAUGCCCUCAUGCCCUCAUGCCCUCAUGUCCUCACGCCCUCAUGCCCUCAUGCCCUCAUGUCCUCAUGCUCUCAUGUCCUCCUGCCCUCAUGUACUAAUGCACUCAUGCACUCAUGCCCUCAUGCCCUCAUGCACUCAUGCCCUCACGCCCUCAUGCCCUCAUGCCCUCACGCCCUCAUGCCCUCACGCCCUCAUGCCCUCACGCCCUCAUGCCCUCAUGCCCUCACGCCCUCAUGCCCUCAUGCCCUCAUGCCCUCAUGCCCUCACGCCCUCAUGCCCUCAUGCCCUCAUGCCCUCAUCCCCUCAUGCCCUCAUGCCCUCAUGCCCUCAUGCCCUCACGCCCUCAUGCCCUCAUGCCCUCAUGCCCUCAUGCCCUCAUGCCCUCACGCCCUCAUGCCCUCAUGCCCUCAUGUCCUCAUGCCAUCCUGCUCUCAUGUUCUAAUGCACUCAUGCACUCAUGCCCUCAUGCCCUCAUGCACUCAUGCCCUCACGCCAUCAUGCCCUCACUCCCUCAUGCCCUCAUGCCCUCAUGCCCUCACGCCCUCAUGCCCUCAUGCCCUCAUCCCCUCAUGCCCUCAUGCCCUCACGCCCUCAUGCCCUCAUGCCCUCAUGCCCUCAUGCCUUCAUGCCCUCACGCCCUCAUGCCCUCAUGCCCUCAUGCCCUCAUUCCCUCAUGCCCUCAUGCCCUCACGCCCUCAUGCCCUCAUGCCCUCACGCCCUCAUGCCCUCAUGCCCUCAUGCCCUUAUGCCCUCAUGCCCUCAUGCCCUCAUGCCCUUAUGCCCUCAUGCCCUCAUGCCCUCAUGCCCUCCCGCCCUUAUGUACUAAUGCACUUAUGCACUCAUGCCCUCAGGCCCUCAUGCACUGAUUCCCUCACGCCCUCAUGCCCUCAUGCCCUCAUGUCCUCAUGCCCUCAUGCCCUCACGCCCUCAUGCCCUCAUGCCCUCAUGCCCUCAUGCCCUCAUGCCCUCACGCCCUCAUGCCCUCAUGCCCUCAUGCCCUCACGCCCUCAUGCCCUCAUGCCCUCAUGCCCUCAUGCCCUCAUGCCCUCAUGCCCUCAUGCCCUCAUUCCCUCACGCCCUCAUGCCCUCAUGCCCUCAUGCCGUCAUGCCCUCAUGCCCUCAUGCCCUCACGCCCUCAUGCCCUCAUGCCCUCAUGUCCUCAUGCUCUCAUGCCCUCCUGCACUCGUGUACUAA